UAGGGUUUUCCCUUCUUUUUCUGUGGCUUAUACAUAUUAAAUCUGCAACAUUCUUAGCUUUCUUUGUAGCUUCUCCCUUCUGGGGUUUACUGGGUCCCGUUAUUUUGUUCAAAAGCAAGAGAAAAAUUCAAUCAUGAGCAAGGGUCCUGGUCUCUACUCUGAUAUUGGCAAAAAAGCCAGAGAUCUUCUUUACAAGGAUUAUCAGAGUGACCAGAAGUUCACUAUUACUACCUACUCUCCAACUGGAGUUGCUAUUACUUCUUCAGGAACGAAGAAAGGAGAGCUGUUUCUGGCUGAUGUUAAUACUCAGCUGAAGAACAAGAAUAUCACUGCUGAUAUCAAAGUUGAUACAAGCUCCAAUCUGUUUACAACAAUCACGGUUAAUGAACCUGCUCCUGGGCUGAAAACUAUAUUGAGCUUCAAAGUUCCUGAUCAAAGGUCAGGCAAGAUUGAACUCCAGUAUUUGCAUGACUAUGCGGGGAUCAGCACAAGCAUUGGGUUGACUUCAAACCCCAUUGUGAACUUCUCGGGUGUGGUUGGAACUAAUGGUCUCGCACUUGGAACUGAUGUGUCGUUUGAUUCCAAAUCUGGGGACUUCACAAAAUGCAAUGCUGGAUUCAGCUUCUGCAAUGCAGACCUGAUUGCCGCAUUGAAUCUGAACAACAAGGGUGACUCUGUGAGUGCGUCAUACUAUCACAUUGUCAACCCCUUGACAAGCACUGCUGUAGGUGCAGAAGUAACCCAUAGCUUCUCAACCAACGAGAAUACCAUCACUGUUGGAACCCAGCAUGCAUUGGAUCCAUUGACCACAGUGAAGGCACGUCUGAACAAUACUGGCAAGGUGAGCGCUCUCAUCCAGCAUGAGUGGCGUCCAAAGUCGCUCUUCACAAUUUCUGGUGAGGUAGACACCAAGGCCAUUGAGAAGAGUGCCAAGGUUGGUCUUGCCCUGGCUCUUAAACCCUGAGAGAGAACCGUCUGGUACACAUUAGUAGCUCAGGGUAAUUAUUGAGUAAUUGUUUUGUGAAGACUGAUGUCUUGAUGAUAUUUCCUUCUAUCCUAGCAGUUUUGGAUUUGUAAAAAUAAAAUUUAGAACGGUCACAGACCUCUGUCUAAACUUUUUGGAGAGUUCUUGACACUUUACAGCCAUCAUUUUGCUGUUAUUGAGACAGGCUUUGUUCUAAUUCAUUGUUUUGCCAUUAUUAGCAA